GAUGUGAAGAGAGUAAUACCUUACUGUAUCUUUUGAAAGGUCCUUGGAGUGAGUUUUCUAAUCUUCCAAGAACAGCCUUUGCUUAGCAAAUAACCUCAUAGUGUCGACAUGGGCUGCCAAGAAGAACUCUUGAUACAGAAAGUCUGCGACUUGUAUCAUCAAAUCUCAAGCCUUGAGAGUCUCAAACCUUCCAAAGAUGUCGACAUGCUUUUCACAAACCUUGUUCUCACGUGCAUGCCACCGAACCCUAUUGAUGUUAACAAGCUUUGCAAGAAAAUCCAAGAAAUGAGGUCCAAGCUCAUUAGAUUAUGUGGAGAAGCUGAAGGUCAUUUAGAGACUCAUUUUUCCACAAUCUUAGGUUCCUUUGAUAACCCUCUUGACCAUCUGAAUAUAUUUCCUUACUAUUCAAACUACCUCAAGCUUAGCCACCUCGAGUUCACUAUCCUCAGGCAGCAUUACCCUCAUGCUCCUAGCCAAAUUGCCUUUGUGGGUUCUGGCCCUCUGCCCCUCACUUCGAUUGUGCUAGCCUCCAACCACCUUACCACAACCUCUUUCCAUAACUUUGAUAUUGACCCAUCAGCCAAUCUUAAUGCGCUUCGCUUGGUCUCCUCCCAUCCUGACCUGUCCAAGCGAAUGUUCUUUCACACAACUGAUAUAAUGAAUGUCGAAAAUGGAUUGCAAGAGUUUGAUGUGGUUUUCUUGGCAGCUCUAGUUGGAAUGGACAAGGAGGAGAAGAUUAGGGUCAUUGAUCAUUUGGCCAAGUACAUGGCUCCUGGAGCUAUUUUAAUGCUAAGGAGUGCUCAUGGUGCUAGGGCUUUUCUCUACCCAGUGGUCGAUCCUUGUGAUCUCCGAGGGUUCGAGGUUCUUUCUGUGUUUCAUCCUACUGAUGAGGUGAUCAACUCAGUUGUCAUCGCACAGAAACAUCAGCUUCCUAUACAGUCAAUUGAUCAGCAAGUUUUUGUCCCCAAUAACAUAAUACUGCCAAGCAAGUGCUCUGAGAUCCAAGCCUUCAAUCCCCUCAACCAUGGAAACAUGAUUGAGGAAUUGGCCAUUGAGGACCAACUCUCAUAAACUCAUUCUCUUUCCCCUUCUCUUUCUCUCUUCCCCUUGAUACGGUCUCUUAGAUCAUCCGCAUGGAAAUUGGAUCUUCAAAUUGCAUCUUGUAUGUUAAUGAUGAAUGUCUAACAUAUCAUCUGCUAUUUUAUUACAUAAACAAACUAUCAUCUAUAGAUUGUAAUUUUCUCCCAAUUCGUGUCUUUACUAUAUUUAAUUUUCGAUGAAUAAACAUCUCCAUCUCAGGCAGAUGUGUUUAAAAAAAAAAAUCUUCUAAUUUGUUUGUGCAGUGGAAUAUUAUGUUUCUAUUAAUUUUACUUUCUUCAA